AUUGGAUAGAGAGCUGUCUACUCAAGAAUAAUUGUUAGCGCAGUGCUGUGCAAAGCUAAGAGCUUUCAUUUUAGCAACUUAGAAUUCAGGAGCUUAACGGACUGAAACACAGAUACACUCAGUAAAAUCAUGACAAAUCGAAAUCAAGUCAAUGAUAUGGACUCAUCUGCUGGCACAGACAGUGGAUUACUUAAUAAAACUAAUGCUAGUUCAUCAGACAGCAGCGUCUUUUCAGGUCACACAACAAAAAGGAACUCAGGGUUAAACUUGGUGUUACUGGGGGAAAAAGGAGUCGGGAAAAGUGCAUCAGGAAACAAAAUACUGGGACGACAAGCUUUUAAACUCACGAAUAAUGACAAAUCAGGCACACAAGAUGUGGUAAUUCAAUCUGGGACGGUUAACGGACAGCAGGUCAUUAUUUAUGACACACCAGGAUUCUGUGACCCAGAGAAGAAAGAAGAUGAGAUUCAGCAGAUGAUAAAGGAAAAGGUUCUCCAGAAAUGUGAAUCAGGUCUGUAUGUGUUUUUCCUGGUCAUCAAAGCUAACAAAUUCACAGCUGAUGAGGAGGAAACUGUGAAGAAGAUUGAGAAGCUCUUGGGGAAAAACCACUUAAAUAAAACCUGGAUACUCAUCACCAGAGAAGAUGAACUGAACAAAGAAAACAAGACAAUAAAAGAUUUCCUUGAUGAAAAUGAGAUUCUGGAGAAAAUCAUUCAGAAAUAUGAUCUGAGAUACCACGUGUUUGACAACAAGAAAACAGAACCAUGUGACCAAGUUAAAUUUCUGCUCGCAAAAGUUCUUCAGAGAUCAUUGGGGUUAAAGGCAUCCGAAGGAGGAAGGCUUGUCAGACGGAUUCCUGAAAUCACAGCAAGCACUGACAGUGUUUUAUCUAGAAGGAUUGUGCUGCUAGGUAAAACUGGUUCUGGAAAGAGUGCAACUGGAAACACAAUACUGGGACAGAAUGAGUUCGAAUCUGAGUUUAGCUCAGUAUCAGUAACUACUGAAUGCAUAGAGAAAAAGGGCAUAAUUUUAGACAGGAAAGUGUCUGUAAUUGAUACUCCUGGAGUUUUUGACACAGAGAUAAAAGGUGAAGAUUUAAUGAAGGAGAUAGCGAAGAGUAUUUAUAUUUCCAGUCCUGGACCACAUGCUUUUCUCAUUGUGUUUCCUGUGAAUAUUAGGUUCACUGAUCAGGAAAAGCAGAUCAUUCAACUUAUUGAAAUGUUGUUUGGUGAGGAUGUGUCAAAAUACUCCAUCAUUCUGUUCACUUAUGGAGAUCUGCUAAAACACCCCAUAGAUGAAAUCAUUAAGAAGAGCAGUAGAUUAAGACACCUAGUUCAGCAGUGUGGAAACAGAUAUUAUGUCUUCAACAACGAAGAUCAAAAUAACAAAAAGCAGGUCAAUGAUCUACUGCAGAUGAUUGACAGAAUGAUAGAGGAGAAUGGAGGAGGUUACUACAGUAAUGAGAUGUAUGAAGAUGCUUUAAAAUUUAAACAAGAGCAAGACAAGAUUAAACAGAGAGAGGAAGAUGAGAGAAAACAACAAGAGGAACAUAACACAAUGGGAAAGAUGAAGAAAAUGUUAGAAGAGCUUAAGGACAGGAAAUCCGAGCUAGAUGAAAUCAAGGCAAAAAUAAACGAAGAGAAGAGUAAACUAGAGGAGACUGUGAAACUGACUUCAGUAGCACAGAGUGACCCUGGAUUUGAGAAAUUUUAUAGUCACUAUCAGAGUAGGUUCAGUUUUUCUGCUUUUUUACUUGGUCACUCGACUUCAUUUGCUUUUGGAAUGAUAGGAUGUGCUGUUGGUGGACUUCUUGGAGUUGUUGGUGGCCCUGGCGGUGUCAUUAUUGGUGCAACUAUUGGUGCAACUAUUGGUGCAGCUGUUGGUGCCUUUAUUGGUGAAAAAAUUGAUUAAAAAAAUUAUCUAAUAGAGAAUAAUCUCUGAACUUUGGUUUAUGCUCUGUAAAAGUUACAGUAACAUUAGUAAAGUAUUUUAUCGAUAUUAUACUUUGUUGCUUAAUUGUUACUAAAUGUAAAACAUAUAUUCAUAUAUAAGUUAUCCAUUUAAGAUAACAAUAGGAUAAUUAGAUAAAAUGUUAGUUUUGUCUUGAAAAAACAUGUUUUUUUGCAAAAUUAUAUUUUUGACUGCUAAACAAAUUUCAGACAUUUAAGCAUACUCUUUCAGAUCAAAAGUUUUUAUUUUUGUUUUCUGCCCUCUAAAACUGUUUUAAUUGAGUGUUUGUAAGACACAUUUAUUUUAACAACAAAAACCAAGUACAAAUAUAAUUGCGCAUUGCUGAAUAAUAAGAAAAUUGCUGGUUACUAAUACAGGGGAUUGUCAUUGAAUACAUAUUUAAUGCUGAAUAAAUAUUCAAUAAGUGUUUGAUCCUCAAAAUAUUUACUGCUUUUACUCGAAAAAAUUUUAUUUUGCUUUUUAAGACAUGAAGUCUUGUGGAUUACUUUGAUGAUGGUUUAAUGAGUUCUUCUGUGUUUCACUAUUCAAUUCAUUAUACGUUUGGAAGAGCCAGCAUUCUGAUUAUUAAUUCUUACUGUAUUCAUCGGAAGCAAGGAUGACAUGUACAUCAAGGAUGCCAUGAGAGUUAAUACAUUUGGGGUGUAAUUUCAAUUUAUGGUGAACAUUUCCUUCAAGGUGGCGGUCUGGAUUGAUGUGUGGACCUGGGUUCUGUGUCAGCAUUUGAUCUGUAGGCAAAGCUGUUCCUAUGUUUCAAAUCAAUAAUCUAUUAACACAUUAAAUAAACUUCUCAAUGUUGUCAUGAUUCAUUUUUCCAAAGCAUUGUGACUUUUUGUUGGACUUGUG